AGUCCCUGGCACUGUCUGUAGGCUGGUUUCACCUCAAUUGGCACCAUACACUCACGAUUCACUUAUUUAUCUGCACAGCGCGCGACCCGAAAUAGCCCCAGGCAUGAGAGAAAUUACGGGAGUGCUUUUUGGAAUGAAUUCUCACUCCUUCAGUCUGGAAACGAGCCCGGGGUCCACGCCCGAGUGAACGGAACCUCGUUACCGAUUCAAAAACGUUUCUUGGAGAGCACCUGACUUCAUUCGUAAGACAGGCGCAUCUGCACACAUAUAUAACCCGAACCGCACCUCAUACUUUUUUCGUCCAUCUCUUCCAGAUUCAUUCCCUUGUUACAUUUCCACUCUCAUAAUGCCUUCUCAACAGGUUUUUGGAGCGAAAGACGGUGCAGUCUACACUACCUCCACCGGCUCUCCUGUUGCGGAGCCGUAUGCUGCUCAGCGCAUUGCCACUUUAGGUCCCCUCCUAUUGCAGGACUUCCACCACAUCGAUCUCCUCGCCCACUUUGAUCGUGAGCGUAUUCCUGAGCGGGUAGUUCAUGCGAAGGGUGCAGGUGCACACGGUUACUUUGAAGCGACAAAUGACCUCAGCGACAUUACUUCAUGCAAACUUUUCACCUCCGUAGGCAAGAAAGUGCCAGCAACUGUUCGAUUCUCCACUGUCGGUGGGGAGUCUGGCUCCGCAGACACCGCACGUGACCCACGUGGCUUUGCCAUCAAACUGAAAACGGAAGAUGGAAACUUAGAUUGGGUAUUCAAUAAUACCCCUGUCUUCUUCAUCAGAGACCCGGCCAAAUUUCCCCAUUUCAUCCAUACACAAAAGCGUGACCCUCAGACUCACUUGAAGGAUCCGGAUAUGUUUUGGGACUAUCUUUCCCAGAACCCGGAGUCUGCCCACCAAGUGACGAUCCUCUUCUCAGACCGCGGAACUCCCGAUGGUUACCACAAUAUGCAUGGUUAUUCCGGCCACACUUUCAAGCUUGUCAAAGAUGAUGCUUCCUUCGUUUAUGCCCAAAUCCACGUCAUCGCUGAUGGCGGUUUCAAGACUCUCGACAACGCGACCGCUGCCCGUCUGUCUGGUGAGCGACCUGACUACGGUAUUCAAAGCCUCUUCGAGACCAUCGAGGCCGGGAAAUACCCUACUUGGACUGUUUAUGUGCAAACGAUGACCCCAGAGCAAGCAGAGAACUUCCGGUACAACAUUUUAGACUUGACCAAGAUUUGGUCUCACAAGGACUAUCCUCUGCGUCCCGUUGGCAAGCUUGUCUUGAAUGAGAACCCCCAGAACUACUUUGCGGAAAUUGAGCAGGCUGCCUUCUCCCCCUCCCAUACCAUCCCCUACUGGGAGCCCACUGCCGAUCCGGUGCUGCAAUUCCCUGUCGACGCUCCUCUCGCCCCUGUUGCUAACUUCCAACGUGAUGGGCUAAUGUCCAUCAACAACCAGGGCGCUCGUCCAAACUACCAGAGCUCAAUCGCACCUUUGAGCUACGUCCGCAACAAAGGCAGUACGAACGGCGACGCCCACGACCAUCUGAGGGCUUCCAAGCACGAGACUUGGCUCGGUGGCGCAUUCCUCGAUUUGAGCGAGGUCACGGAUCUUGACUUUGAGCAGCCGCGUGCACUGUACAGGGAGGUAAUGAGUGACACUGACAGGCAGCACCUAGUAUCCAAUAUCGCUGGUCACUUGGGUGCUGUCAAGAGUCGAGAGAUCAGAGAUAGGGCUUUGUCGUACUUUGCAUGUAUUGAUCAGGCUCUCUCUGAUGAUGUUGCCUUCGCUAUCAACGCACCCACAGCAAAGCCCCUUCCAGUCAAGCCGGCCUCCGAGGCAAUUCGUUUCAGGACCAGAUUCACUGAUGUACCUUCUAAUGACAACCUGUAUCAUCAUCGUUUGUAAGCAAGUUUUAGGGAUACAGACAGUUGUCAAAAUAUAACGAGUUUUGUGGUUCAAGCUUGCCAGAUAUGUUUCCAUUCAGAAUCCAAAUCCAAGUCCUUUGUUUAUCUAUGUACUGUAGGAGUACUUCUAGUUGCCGUCGUUCUCACUAGUAUGUUCUCGACGUAGGAUAGUACGUGCGCUGUUUCCGUUCUCUUGAACGUGGUAUGCGACAUCAUCUCCACACACAUAUACUGUACUAUG